AUAUCUCUCUUAUCUAUCUUAGUUAAAAACAUUGUUACACUUUAUAGUUAGUACAUCUAAAAUGAAGUUUUCAAUUCCUGAAAUAUCAUGGCAUAAUAGGGAUCCCGUUCUAAGUGUCGAUAUCCAACCUAAGUGCGAAGAAAAUGAACCACUGAGGCUAGCGACUGGAGGAACAGAUACUCAUGUUUUAAUAUGGCAUAUCUCCAUAACAGACAAUGGUUCUAUCAAAUUAGAGGUAGCCGCAGACUUAACACGUCACCAGAAAUCAGUAAAUGUCGUGAGAUGGUCGCCAGAUGGAAAACUUCUUGCAUCAGGUGAUGAUGAAUCCAUUAUAUUUAUUUGGAAGCCAAAAACUGAAGAGUCAGCCACUUCAACACAAGAACAAGGUGAAGAACAAUAUAAGGAAAAUUGGGUCAUUCAUAAAACACUGCGAGGACAUGUGGAGGAUGUUCUGGAUUUAAGUUGGAGUGUUGACUCGACUCAAAUCGCCUCCGGCUCAGUUGACAACAAGCUUCUCAUGUGGGAUGUUGCAAAAGGCAAAUACACAUGCCUUUCUACUGACCAGGGAUUCGUACAAGGUGUCUCAUGGGACCCCAAAGGACAGUUUAUUGCUUCUGCUAGUAGUGAUAGAACUUUUCGUACAUUUGAUGUAGCGACUAAGAAAGUCAUAUCUAAAAGUAGUAAAGCAAUAUUACCAUUUCCAAAAGACCAUGCCUUAUAUGACACGAAAGUCCGUCUGUACCAUGAUGAUACUCUCCAAACAUAUUACCGGAGGCUGGAGUUCAGUCCAGAUGGACUCUUUGUAGCAGUACCGGCGGGUCGCAUUGAGCCAGAGCAAGGCAAGAUGGAUGUAAAGCCUAUUAAUGCUGUUUAUAUCUAUACUAGAUACUCAUUAAAAGUGCCGGCCUGUGUACUGCCAUGUGGUGAGCCAGCGCUGGCAGUGCGGUGGUCUCCAGUGCGUUACAAGCCACGAGUCUCCGGACCGCAGCCCGCAUUCCCUACACCCGGCCGCCUCGUGCUAGCUGUAGCCACCAAGCGCUCCGUGCUGCUGUAUGAUACACAGCAGAAGACACCCAUUGCACUUAUAUCUAACAUACAUUAUACAAGACUGACAGACUUGACGUGGUCGUCAGAUGGACGCGUGUUGGUUGCCUCCAGCACUGACGGCUUCUGUUCCGUCAUCACCUUCACUGAGGAUGAGCUCGGGGAGCCACUACCUCAUGAUGUUGAAGAAAAACUUGAAACAGUAAAACCAACCAACAAAGAAAAUAAACAGGAAGAAAAUACAAAACAAACAAAAAUAUCUAGUAUAAAAAAAAUAGAUACAUUCAUAAAGUUCAAAGCUCCCGAUGAAUCACCUAAGAAGCAGAAAAUCGACAAAAUACAACAAAAAACACCUGUUAAAGUUGAUCUUCUUGUAGAAACAGCUAUGUCUUCUUGGUCAGAUAGUUCCAAUAAUGAGAUUAUAAGACCUAAACCCAACGAAGAACCAAUGGAAGUAGACAACAAAGACCCAGAAAUAAUGGUUAUCGAGGACUCAGAAGAUAUGAAACUGGUCUACGAAGACACGCUGACAUCAAACAAGCAGACUGAUAAAAAAUCACCACAAACGAAAGCCAAAAAUGUUUCACCAAAACAAAGUGAUACUCCGACAAGUUCAAAUAAAAUAAGUGAGAGCAACUUUCUUAAACAAGCAAAGGUGACGGAUAUAAAAGAGCCAGUGGCAGUGAAAGCUGUACCAAGUCCCAAAGCCCCGCGCAGAGUCAGUUUUGUGACACUGUCCAGUCCCAAGAAUAAAAAGACUUGUUAAUUAUUUAUUGUAAUA